AGUGGCAGGGGGACCGGAAGUGGAGGCGCUGCUGCUUGGCGCUGGGGCCGGAGGAGGGGACGCGCGCCGGAACGGGGCCGCCAGGACCAAGGGAGCAACAGACACGCAACCCGCCGACGCCGCAGCCGCUGGGGGCCCGCACGGACCCUCUGCCUCUGUGUAGAAUGAGCCAAGGAGACUCAAACCCAGCAGCUAUUCCACAUGCAGCAGAAGAUAUUCAAGGAGAUGACAGGUGGAUGUCUCAGCAUAAUAGGUUUGUUCUGGACUGUAAAGACAAAGAGCCGGACGUGCUCUUUGUGGGAGAUUCCAUGGUUCAGUUGAUGCAGCAGUACGAGAUUUGGCGAGAGCUGUUUUCCCCACUUCAUGCACUUAAUUUUGGAAUUGGGGGAGACACAACACGACAUGUUUUAUGGAGACUAAAGAAUGGAGAACUGGAGAACAUUAAGCCUAAGGUCAUUGUUGUCUGGGUAGGAACAAACAACCAUGAAAAUACAGCAGAAGAAGUAGCAGGUGGAAUUGAGGCAAUUGUACAGCUUAUAAAUACAAGGCAGCCACAGGCCAAAGUCAUUGUGCUGGGUCUGUUACCUCGUGGGGAGAAGCCCAACCCUUUAAGACAAAAGAAUGCCAAGGUGAACCAGCUUCUCAAGGUUUCCCUGCCGAAGCUUGCCAAUGUGCAGCUCCUGGAUACGGACGGGGGCUUCGUGCACUCGGACGGUGCCAUCUCCUGCCACGACAUGUUUGAUUUUCUUCAUCUCACAGGAGGGGGCUAUGCAAAGAUCUGCAAACCCCUCCAUGAACUGAUCAUGCAGUUGUUGGAGGAAACACCGGAGGAAAAGCAAACCACCAUUGCUUGACUGGCCCCAUCAGUGUUAACAACAUCCCAGCUUCCUCAGAUCAUUUACACCACUGGCACUACAGAAUCCUUAAGGCACUUUGCAUUGUACAAUGUUCCUGGAUGCUUGUAUCUAAUGUUUGAAGGGGAGGAGGGAUUUAAACUGGUCCUGUAUAUAAAGGUUUGUUUGGCACAGGAGAAAAAUUAGCCAAGAAAAAUUCAUUUAAAACCAGAAGGGGACUUUUUGUUGUAUAUGACACAUUUGUCGAAGUAUCACUGUUUUUCCUAGGACAACAUCAAGCAUGAGUACAAUAUGAAGAUUGUUUUCUUGGCCCUUUUUUCUAUGGAUUAUGUCAUAUGUGAUAAUUAUCACAUCUACUUGGCUUUAAACUUAUUUUUGGUCCAGUUUUAAGGUUCAUGAGUUAGUGUGUUGUGUUGUUUUGUUUGAUUCCUGUAUCCUCAGUGUUUUUAUUAGCAAAUAGCAUCAGAUUAAACAUGCUUGUCACUCAGAUAUGAAAGAUGCUAUAGUUAACAAGCAAGUUUAUUCCUCUCAAUCUAGCAGUGAAACAAGUUCUGGGGACUGUGGGAUAUUAUUUGUAUGCUGCUGAAUGAAUAUCAUGUCUGUAAUAGACCCAUGCAUGCAGCCUUUCCUCUGCUUCCCCUUCAUCUCUUUGCAGGUGGGUUUAAUUACAUUGCAAGCUUUUAACUCAUUUUUAAUCUAGGAGUUGCAUUGCUGUCAGGAUGAUCUUAUUGAUGUAUAACUCAUUCCGUGUGGUGUUCUGUGAUGUUAGGGUCUGUGUAGUGUUACUCAGAGUUCUGGUUGUUGUGCACCCCCCCCCCCCACCUGUUAUGGUUUUCUUUGUUUUUAGCGUUUGGAGUAGGGGAUCAGAAUUGUUUCCCAUUCCAUAAUGCCUGAUGUUAUUUCAAGUUUUAUAUAUUAUCUUAAGGUGUAUAUGUUCGUUUUCAUUUUAUAUAUAUAUAGAUAGAUAUAUUUUACAGUACCGGAUCAAACCCAGGGCCUAGCACAUACUAAGCAAGUGCUCUGCCACUGAAGUAAUCCCUAGUCUUGUUUGUUUCUUAAUUGGUUUAAUUCUUAAAUUCUAUCAGUAAAAAAAUAUUUGGCUUUUUCCACAAGAAACAGUGAAGCUGUUCUCAUAGUAGAUGUUCUCUCUUUUUUGGUUUUUUUUUUUUUUUUUUUUUUUGAAAGCAGGGUUUCUCUGUGUAGUUCUGGCUGUUCUAGAACUCUCUCUGUUUACCAGGCUGGCCUCAAAAAUUGAGAGAUUAGCCUACCUCUGCCUCACCAGUGCUAGGAUCAAAGGCGUAUGUCACCUUGCCCCACUUUGGAUAUGCUGGAUUUAUUCCACCAUUUUAGUAAAGAUGAGAACUAGGUUUGUCUUUUAGUUUUUGAGGCAGGGUCUCGCUGUGUAGUUCUGGGUAGCCUGGAAUUUGCUAUAUAGACCAGACUGGCCUUGAACUCACAGAGGUCUUUCUGCCCUGCCUCCUGAGGACUGAGAUUAAAGGCAAACUCCACCAAGCAGGUGGCUUAUUUAACUUUUAAGGCACCUUAUAUAAUGUGUGUUCAUCGAGAUUUUAACGGUCUGCUCUUGAGCUACACAAACUGCCAAUUGAGAGAACAGGAGAUUGUUGGUUGUCCGGUAGCAUAUAGACCCUGUACAAGCUGGAUCUACAAAAAUUUUAAACUGGACCAGGUUGGGGGUUGAAGUAACCCAUUAAAUGUGCUCUUCCAUGAUUCUGCUUAAUGGUUACAUUCAGUAGCUAUGAUCUAGACUAUAUUAUGUUCUGCUUUCAAAGCAGCUAUUAGGGCUGUUAGAGGAGUUGCUGGUUUGUGCUGAGACCUGCACCUGACUGAGAAGGAUACAAUUUAGGAAGGCGUUUUUUCCUGAUGAACCUCUUUGUAGGAAUUUAUUUUAAUGCAUAGUCUUGUGAAUGUAUCAUGUCUUCAUUAGCGACAGGAAUAUACACAUGGUGUUUACUAAAAUUGUUUACUACAUUCAAAUUCCCUUUUAUUUUUUUAGUAGCCCAAGUUCUUGAGUUUUUCAAGAUAUUGUUUUCUGAACUGAGGUAUAAUUUUAGAAAGGAGAUCUAAUUAAGCCAGAAUUUUGUGUGUAAAAAGAACAUUUCUAUCCAGGUGUUUCUGUGUUCCUCAGAGAGUGGGAGUAUGGUCCAAAUGAAUCCAUUAGGUCACUCCUGCAGCAUGCGCUUAUAGCUUCUCUUGACCAAGGAUGAGCUAGUCUUAUGAGUUGACCUUCAGCUCCUGCGUGUGUGUAUAAACCUCAGAUGUUACUACAUUUUAUAUCUACCAGAGCUAUUCAAGCAAUAGUAUUUGAACCACUAGCCUUUUAAAUAAAACUCAGCCCUAUUGCUAACAUGCAGAUACUGAGUCCACUGUCAUUUCUUGCCAGGUUUACUUAUGUUGUUUUAGGGGGAAAAAGUGUUUCUUAGUUUUUCUUUGGUUGACAUCCCAGAUUGCUUCAGUGACAGAACCGGUUAGUCCUUGUAAUUUUUUUUAAGAUAUGAACUGAAUGCAGUGUCUACAUGAAGUGUCUUAGUUUAUCAUUGUGAUUAAGGGGCUAGGCAGCUAGCACAGAUAAUGCUUUGCUCCCUUUCUUAGUAGGUGGGGUGGGUUUCCUUAGUGAGAGUCUACAUGUACCCUGGCUUCUCUAGAUCCUCUUGUCUCUCUCCCCAACCCUGGAUGUUCUGUUCCUUUCUCAGUAUAAUACAGCUUGGCUUUCAACUUCUCAUGUAGCUGUGGAUGCCCUUGAACCUUCCAGGUGCUAGGGGUCAUGUCUCUAAUGUGGCAGGUUGGAGGUGCCCUGCCAAAGGGAUGAUCGAUUGCAAGUGACUUGGCUACCCUUGCAAGUUGCAGAUUACAUUGGCAGUGCUCUGGCCAAUAAAUAUGUCUGGUAUGGUAGGACUGUUGAGGAACUUUAUUUAAUCCUGAUUCUUCUGUCAAAAUUCUUCACCCAGCAAAGUAAGUUUUGAGUAGCUCAUGCGCUGUCUUUAAGAAUUGUAGCUCUCAUUGUUAAAGAAGUCGAAAAUUUCUAUUUGCAUUUCAGUCUGACCACUUCUAGUUGUAUGCUAAAGUCUGGGGCCUAUCUGUGCUGAGGUGUAUGGACAUUGCUAGUUUUCUAAUUAUUACAGUGGUGAAGAAAGUAGACACGAAAGGGAGCAUGGCCAGCUCCUCAUGUGAGUGGGGCUUGUCUGUGGUCUUCCUCCUCGCGACACUGCAGCAGGCUGACUGGACCUCCCCAAGACUGUGUUUGCUAAAGGCUUCUUGACUAGAAUCCAUUCUGUUCAGUGCUUAUUUAAUAUAAAAGACAACAUUUCACUGCGAA